CUUACAUGGAUAGUACACAUGCAUAAAAUGAAAUGGAGUGCGAAAGUGGGGGGCUUUAUUUUUCCUCAAAUUUUGACACCGGAAACCUUGGUCGAGUUGAGGAAGUAUCAAAUGAAACAGAGGGUCCUCUGUCUUCUAUGAGCAAUGUAAACAAACGACACAACCUUUCUGGAAAAAAUAACAUUACCACGAAUGGGAACCAAUGUGGAAACGUUGGAAUCUAUGAACUUAAGGUGGACUACGAUUUCAAGGUUUGGACUAUACCAGACUGUGCAGGAACGCAGUUUGAAAAUGGAAAUCGUACCUGGUUUCACUUCUUCGUCCGAGGAUAUACCCCUGGGAAGUUGAUACGUAUAACAAUAAUGAACAUGAACAAACAAGCAAAGAUUUACAGUCAGGGAUACUCUCCACUCUAUAGAGUAUGCCGCUCGACCCUAUCUCAGUCUAGAUGGCAACGCAUUCGAGACAGACCUGCAUGGGAAAUUGUUGACGGACAAUUCAAUCUCACCUUUGUUCAUCGGUUUAUCGAUCCGCGUGGAAGUUCAACCUAUUUCGCGUUUAGUUUUCCUUGGUCAUAUACAGAAACACAGCGCCAAUUAGAUCAUUUGGAGGCGAUUUUCCGCCACCAGGUGUUUUCUGCUCCAACUGAGGUGAAACCAAGCCUCACAGUAUCCGCUGACACAAAGGAGGCUGACCUGAGAAGGACUGUCUCUGGUCCGACUGAAGACGGUUUGACAAGUGCAGACCUGUUUCAACAAAUCUACUUUCAUCGUGAACUGCUGUGCUACAGCCUAGAUGGAAGACGAAUAGACUUACUUACCGUCACUGACUGGUCGGGUCGCAAAGAGCAGAGAGAAGACUACUUCGAUCCUCUUUUGUUUCCCAACCGAUCCUUUCCUCGGCCGUGGAAAUUUGAAGGAAAAAAGGUUGUCUUCAUAUCCUCUCGUGUUCAUCCCGGUGAGACACCGUCGAGCCAUGUGUUCAAUGGUCUUCUCGAACUACUGCUACGACCAACAGAUGCCAGAGCAUGUCAGCUGCGCAAGCAAUAUGUGUUCAAACUCAUUCCUCUAUUGAACCCCGACGGUGUUGUUCGUGGUCACUACCGCAGUGAUUCUCGAGGUGUAAAUUUAAACCGCGUAUACCUUGAACCGGACUUUCUUUACUAUCCUUCAGUAUAUGCUACAAAAGCCCUAAUGGUAUAUUAUCAUACACAUUAUGCAGACGAUCAGCUAUACGCAGCAUUUUUGCAUCCGUUCUGGGAAGACUUCAAACACGUGAUUCGUACUCCAUCGGAGCGCAUGAAACCGCCCUUAGCGAACAAUCGAUUCCAAGAUUCUAAAAUGGACCUUAACAGAGGCGAAACUGUCCCAGCUUUACGUAGCACAGAGGAUCAAGUUUUGACUGGCAGUGAUUUAAACGCUGCUGAUAAGAAACCGGUCCCCCAGGAAAAGGUCUCUUCACAACAGACAAGUGAAAAAGUGUUCCCAUCCUGUUCAGAUCUUCCGGUUGUGUCUUCACCAGUCGUUCUGACUACACCGUCAAUUACGGAUUCAAUAAACUCAAGCCAAAAGCUAGUCAUUACAAAUCACCAACUGCCUCCAGCCAUUUUAAAUGCAUCCAAGGAAGAGUACACUUCCGAAGGAAGUUCACAGGCUGUGCCGUCAUCCCAGGUUUCUAACUCCUUCGACAUAGAGGAUGGAACCAAUGGCGGUAAAACAGAAGAAAUAGAAAACUUAAUUCAGGAAACUUUGACUCUCUCAGAGCAACUACCGAAUGGGUCUGAGAAGACGUCUGCCAAAACAAAUGAUAGCUCUGAGGAAAACGGUACGUGGCAUGCUGACAAAAUCCGCAGCUCAGUCACGUCUGUCAGCAAUCGACUGAGCGCAAUAAGCAAAUCCUGUAAAUCAAGACGUCUACUGGCGGCAUUUCGAGGACGUCAUCAGCCGACUAUUCAUUCCCUUUUCACCAAGUGGAAUGCUGCACCUCAACAAACGCUUAUUGAAGACACAACAGAAGAGGUGGAGACCGACGCUCACUCAGUCAGCAUGAACGGAAAUCUUGAAGGGACAUGGGAAACGAGUUCAAAGCAACCGUCUUUCGAGGCAACCGAUUCAAUGGAACCGAAUUCGGUGACUGUUGGUACCCCAGGGAGACAACAUCCCAACACUUUGGGAUGUAAAGAAGUGGAAACGCCUCUUAAGGGCACGAAUCAUUUCAGAAGUGCCAAACAGAUAAAAAUGCGGCGCAAGUUUGGUCGAAGAUCAUACAGUUCCAUAUCUUCGUCAAAGAAACCUUGUUCUGAAGAUACGACCCGCAAUGGAGAUCAAGAACAUAAUCUUGACACAACGCCAAGACCUAUUCAUCAAGAUUCGAAGUGUGCACUGAUCUUUGAACCUGGAAAUGAGGGAUCGGAUGAAGAGGAAGAGAUUCAAAAGAGUCAGACACUCCGUCCUGAAGAAACUGAAGACUUUUCAAUCAAUCCGCAAUAUCUCGACAUAAUUGAUCAUGUAACAACGUUUGUGAGAGCAAGAAGCAUGACCACACAAACAGUAAAUCAGCUUGAUCCCUUAACCGUGGAUGCGGCCCUGGAACAGUUGAAUCAACUGAGAACAGCAAUACAUUUGUCUGAAACUUCGCUUCGGCAACUGAAAGGAAACAGUGGCUUAGCUUUUUAUGUUGAUCUUCAUGGACACUGCUCAAAACGUGGAUGUUUUCUGUACGGUAACUGGCUGGAAUCUGAAGAAGAAAUGACAGACAAUGUGCUGUUUGCUUUGCUCGUUGCUGUGAACUCGUCCAACUUUGAUUUCAAUGCAUGCAACUUUACUCUGAGAAACAUGUACCAGAGAGACCGACGUGGGACGUCGACCAAAGAAGGAAGCGGCCGCGUUGCUACCUGGAAACACUUGGGCUUGGUGCACUCUUACACGCUGGAGUGUAAUUACAAUACAGGUCCUCUUGUUAACCGCCUGUGGCGAUGUCUGUCCAAAGCUCCUCCCGAUGAUGGAGGUCGUCUUACCCCACCUGGCACGUUUUUCGGCCCCUAUUGGACCGAUAUUGUCGAUUCAGUUGGUAUCCAAACCCUAUGUUCACCAGCCCUGUUCACUACCGGAAUGAAUUCAAAUACAGACGCGCCAAUCAACAUUACGCAAGCGAGAUUUACGCCUGCCCACUAUGAGGAAGUUGGCCGCGCCCUCUUGUUUGCUCUGUUGGAUAUGAAUCAAACAAAUCCGUGGCCUCGAUUGGCUACACUGGGUGGCGUGAAUGCUGUUCCAGGGGUCGGAGGUGUUCCAAUACUAGCUGGCUUUUCAGAAUUCAGUAGCAUGAAGGCCCUGCGUGACUGGGUCCGAAAGUAUGUGCGUGGUCUGACCAUGUCUGGUGCUGGAGGUUUUGGGCCUCAAUAUCCUAAAGCAAGCAUUCCCAGACCAUGUCAACAAAUUUCAACGCAGGAAAGCCCUGGUCGGGGAGAGAACUCAACAAGAGUUGCUCGAAUUAACCGACAAUGUCAAAUGAAAUCAUCUGCUAUUGAACUGGCGUCCGAGCACACAGGAGAUGACCUGGCUCAAGGUGAACCAGUUCUUCCGAGUCAAACUCGUACGGGUUUCGCUCCUGCACACUCUCGUCUAAACCCCAUUCAGUUACCCCGAAACAAUCAAAUCCAGCCGAAGUUAAACUCUUGUCCAGGAGUUACUUCAUCGGAACAUGUCAAUCCACUACCUGAGCAAAAACAUCGUAUCAGCUCAAAGCUUUUGGAUACGGAAACUAGUCUUGAGAAUAGUUUCAUGGAGUCCGUUUCGUUCGAGGAUCAAGAGAAGCCCAAAAGUUCUAGGCAGAUAAACAACGCUGGCUUGCAAAAACUCCCAAAGACGGGUGGUCACAACAAGGUAAUCUUAAAAAGGACCACUAGCAUUCGGGAGAAUGCUGGGAUUCACUGUCAGAAUGGCACAAAAAUUACCCAAAGAACCAGUCGCCAAUCGGAUAACUCCAUUGUGUCCCGCCCCGGUUUGUCUAAAGAAAUUUGUAUCAAAACUUCAUUGUUGAGGACGCGGGAUACACCCCGGAGAAAAGAUGGAAGGCGGAGUACAUGGCAGAACAAAUCUCCCAAUAAAACUUCAUUUGUAGUUAGUUGUGAUGUUGGUAACAGCGCACUGGAUACCAGUGUUGGCAAGUGUCCUUUGGAGACUGAUCUUUCCAACAUGCCUACAAGUCCUGUUGACGGAGUAGAAAUCAAGAAAUCCCAGUUGAAUGCCACCAGCAUACAGCAAAGCGAAGCUGACCAGUCUGCUGUGGAAGAAUUUGUGUUGGCACCGAGGCUCCUUGUCUUAUCGGAUGAGAAACGAAAAGCCACGAAAGCAUUUCAACUUGAGAACCUUCAGUCUUCUGCUAAACACAGGAUCCGCAGUAACGAAGACGGGUUCCGUUCAUCUAAAUCUCUCAGGAUAUUGAAAAAGAUUUUCACCGCACCCAGUAUAGAAUCAUCUGGAGAUUUUGCCGAUGGGUUGACUGCGAGGAGCCUGUUCUCAUUGCCAGACCUUGUCUCAGAUGCGGCGGAACUGCGGUCCCGUAAAUCAAAACGACAUGUCCGCGUCAAAUCCGAUGCGAACUCAAUAAACAAACAUUCAAACACUGCAUUACAUCCCAAUGCACUAAUCUGGCAAAGAAGGCCUAAAACUUGUCAGCUCAUCAAAAAAGGUAUCAGACAUCUGCGUAACAAGGUCGACUCUAGCAAUAACAACUCCCCUUACCCCGGAAGAUGGAGUACCGUCCUCUGUACCGACGGUGCUCACCAUGGCGCGAGGCACUCACGAACACCGGAAUGCAUUACAUCUCUUAGCAUUACGCAAAGUUUGGAAGAACUUUAUUUGUCUGGUUUUCCAUGUACUCAUCGGUCUCUGCCACCUAUAUUUCCUGAGUCUACACACCGACUUCCCUGUUUGCGUAAACAAGGCAGCGAAACGGAUCGGUCAUUACCAAGAAACGCCUUUAAUCUUGAGGACGAAUUUCGAACUGCAUCUCUCACGUCUUCCAUGUUUUUCGCACGUCGGUCUAAAAAUGGAAAGUAUAGUUAA